CCGCCUUUGGUUCUGCAACUUAAAAAAAAAAAAAAAAAAAUUUUUUUUUUUCCCCCUCUGAGAACAGCAGGGGAAAGAGGAGUCCGGAGAGAGGGAGCGAGAGUGAGGCAGUUGGCUAGGAGGGCCGGGGGUGGGUGGGGGGGUCGCGGUCCCUGCGGUGGGUCAGUCUGUCUGCGGGGCACAGGAUCGCGUGGAAGGCUGCUGCAAGCUCCAAGGUGCCGCCUCCGCCGCCCGGAGUCCGGUUCGGUGCGGCCGCCGCCGAGCGAGCUCCUCCCGCCACCUCCGCCGCCGCCGCCGCCGCGCGGUGCCCCCGACCGCCCGCCGCCCGCCUGCUAGCUCGCCCGCCCCUCGGGCCCCGGCGCCAAACGAGGAGGUGGGCAGCCGCGCCGGCCAUGGACCGCCGGAGCUGAACAGCCGCCGCGGAGCCCCUGGCCCUCGCCCCUCCCCAGCCCCACGCCCGCGGUGCCCUCGCCCCUCUUCGCCCUUCGCCUAGGGAAGGCGGGGGAAAGACGGGGAUUAACCCGAAGAGAGAAAGAAGGGAGUGGGGAGGGGGGGAGCCAGUGUCUCCCCUGGGGCAAUCGCCCAUCGCCCCCGAAACUGCCGCGCAGAGCGUUCGAGGGACAACUUUUACCCAAUUUGCGCCCCCUUUUUGCCAAACCCUAAAAUGAAAGGACAAAAGUUGGUGCUGACUCUUGUAGUCCGGAUGGCGACUUGUGCAUUUUCAGCGGCAUCUCCCGGAGAAAAAGCCAUGCGCGCUUGAUUGUUCUGUGGCCCCAAAGCUUCAGUGUGUGUGUGGGGGUGGGGGGUGGGGGGUGGGUGUGUGUCUGUGUGUGUACACAGACGUCCACACACUCACUCGCGGCCGCAGGAUCAGCGCCUGGAAGCAGACGUUUCGGCCACAGACUUGGGAGAGGAGGGAGCUGGAGAUCAGGAGGCGUGAGCCGCCGGGAGUUUGCAGAAUCCGUGGUGUGAAUGAACUGGGGGCACCUGGGCGCGCGGAUCGCCCCCGCCCCCGCCCCGGGCCAGAGUUGAGUAGUGGGGCAUUUUUUUCACCCUCUUGUGAAGAAUUUUUUUUUUUUUAUUUGUUGUAAAGUCUUUUGCACAAUCACGCCCACAUUUGGGGUUGGAAAGCCCUAAUUACCGCCGUCGCUGAUGGACGUUGGAGAGGGAGCGCCUCGCCGCGGAACAGUCGCCUGCACGCCCUCGCCGGACCCGCGGCUCCCUUGUUGCGCGCCGGCCCGGCUUUGCUGUUGCUGCCGGCUGGCGGGCUUCGGCGCCCCCUCGGUUCCCGGGCGCAUCCCGGUGCUGCUCCGGCUCGGGCCCUCGGACUCGGGCGCCAGUGACCGCUUCGCCACCGAUUUCCUGCGCCUGCCGGACGCGCCCAGGAGGAGCCCGAAGCUCUGCGCCGGAUCGUCCCCCCAGGCUUAACCCGGCCGCUCCGCUCGGAUUCCUCGGCUGCCCUUGCUCUGGUGGCGACUUCCUCCCGGCGGCCGCGUCCCCUCCCCCUCGCCAUGAAGAAGUCGAUUGGAAUAUUAAGCCCAGGAGUUGCUUUGGGGACGGCUGGAAGUGCAAUGUCUUCCAAGUUCUUCCUAAUGGCUUUGGCCAUAUUUUUCUCCUUCGCCCAGGUUGUAAUAGAAGCCAAUUCUUGGUGGUCGCUAGGUAUGAAUAACCCCGUUCAGAUGUCAGAAGUAUAUAUCAUAGGAGCGCAGCCUCUCUGCAGCCAGCUGGCAGGACUUUCUCAAGGACAGAAGAAACUGUGCCACUUGUACCAAGACCACAUGCAGUACAUUGGAGAAGGCGCGAAGACGGGCAUCAAGGAGUGCCAGUAUCAAUUCCGGCAUCGGCGGUGGAACUGCAGCACCGUGGACAACACCUCUGUGUUCGGCCGGGUCAUGCAGAUAGGCAGCCGCGAGACGGCCUUCACGUACGCGGUGAGCGCCGCGGGGGUGGUGAACGCCAUGAGCCGCGCGUGCCGCGAGGGCGAGCUGUCCACCUGCGGCUGCAGCCGCGCCGCGCGCCCCAAGGACCUGCCGCGGGACUGGCUGUGGGGCGGCUGCGGGGACAACAUCGACUACGGCUACCGCUUCGCCAAGGAGUUCGUGGACGCGCGCGAGCGGGAGCGCAUCCACGCCAAGGGCUCGUACGAGAGCGCGCGCAUCCUCAUGAACUUGCACAACAACGAGGCCGGCCGCAGGACGGUGUACAACCUGGCCGAUGUGGCCUGCAAGUGCCACGGGGUGUCGGGCUCGUGUAGCCUCAAGACGUGCUGGCUGCAGCUGGCCGACUUCCGCAAGGUGGGUGACGCCCUGAAGGAGAAGUACGACAGCGCGGCGGCCAUGCGGCUCAACAGCCGGGGCAAGCUGGUGCAGGUCAACAGCCGCUUCAACUCGCCCACCACGCAGGACCUGGUCUACAUCGACCCCAGCCCCGACUACUGCGUGCGCAACGAGAGCACGGGCUCGCUGGGCACGCAGGGCCGCCUGUGCAACAAGACGUCGGAGGGCAUGGACGGCUGCGAGCUCAUGUGCUGCGGCCGCGGCUACGACCAGUUCAAGACCGUGCAGACGGAGCGCUGCCACUGCAAGUUCCACUGGUGCUGCUACGUCAAGUGCAAGAAGUGCACGGAGAUCGUGGACCAGUUUGUGUGCAAAUAGCGGGCGCCCGCCGCCCGCCCGUCACCCAGCCCCGCCCCCAGGACCCACUUAUUUAUAGAAAGUACAGUGAUUCUGAUUUUUCUCUUUUAAUAUUGUUUUAUUCCCCCCCAUCAUUGCAACCGAAACCAUUUUUUUUUCUGUUCCCAUCUAAGAACUCUGUGGUUUAUUAUUAAUAUUAUAAUUAUUAUUUGGCAAUAACGGGGGGGUGGGAACCAAGACAGAUAUUUAUUUUGUGCAUCUUUGAAAAGGUAAGACAAGACUUCUUUUGAUGGUAUAGGUUGAGGGGGGAUUUACAUGUACCCUUAGCUGUGUGCACAUCUAGAAGGGAAAGGAAAGAUGUUUUCUUUUUCUCAACUGUGGGGUCAAAUAUAGGACAGGUAGCAUCCAGCUGGAAGAGGGUGGUACAACUCUAUGCACGAUUCAGCUUCUGUGACCAAAAUGAAUUGUAAAUGCUCUGGGGAAAGUGGAGAGGUCUGGAGAAACUAACACGAAAUGAGACCCCCCCCCUUCCCUAGGGGCUGCCAGCCUGAAACAUUUUCAAAAUGGUAAUUUAAAAAGUAACAGCGAGAAUCUCACAUCCCUCAGAGAUGUAUCAUUUGUCUCAUUUUUCUGAAAUGUUCCAUCUGCAGAGGGUCCUGUACUGGUAGCUACUGAAACUUAGGGAACAGGGAGGAAAGCCUCGGAAGUUAAAAAAAAAAACCUUAAAAUGCCUGUAUCGAGAUACUGAUUUGAUGCUGUUACAGGAAUUAGGUUGUCAGAUUGGAAAGGAUCCCUGAAUGAUUCUGGGUACUAGCCAUUUUGUUUGGAGAGAAGCAAGGAGGUUGGAUUGAAUAUAAAAAGAAAAAUAUACUGUAAUUUUCUUAGGGAUGCUUGGUUAAUAAAUGAUAAUGAUGAAAAUAAUAAAUGAAUGCCAUUCACAGAUCCUCAGCCCAGACAACAAGGUAACUGCGUGCAGGUCAGGGCUGCACCAGAGCAGAAACCCUGUGUGAAGGGGAAAAAGUGAAAUCGGCCCUCGGGCUUGACCCCAAGUCCUCUCUGAUUCCUCCUGGCCCUGCUGUGAUGUGAUGCUGGCCAAAAGGCAGCUCCACUGGGUCCCCUUUGAUUGUGGGACAGGAAAUGAAACAUUACAAGCUCCACUUGGGAAACAGUUUGCUACUUAGGGACUUUUUCCCCUAAAACUUUUAUUUUGAGGAGCAGUAGUUUUAUAUGUUUUAAUGACAUUACAUGGCUAAUGGAGUUCCCAGAGGUGUUGCAGCUUUCACUCUUGUGAUCCUGUGUGUAGACUAUCCACUCCAGCUUUUCCUAUUAUACUGCAGGUGUACCCUAAGACUGUUCCUAGUGUACUUGAACAGUUGCAUUUAUAAGGGGGGUGUGGUUUAAUGGUGCCUGAUAUCUCAAAAGUCUUUUGUACAUAACAUAUAUAUACACACACACAUCUAUAUAUAAAUAUAAAUAUAGUUAUAUCUCAGUGCAGCCAGUGACUUAUAGUUUACUCUGGGGUUAUUUCUCCCUCUAGAGCAUUGUUAUCCUUCAUUGCAAUCCAACUGGGAUUUUUCCAGAAGGUUUCCGAGCUGAGCUUGGGCUGCAGCCCUGAAGCGAUCGAUCACACCUGGAGCAUCACAAAGCAGCCUUGUUUCUGAGGAAUCUGGAAGGUCUUAAUGCUAAUGCAUGUUGGUUUGAAGAUUUCUUUUAUCGACCCUGCGCCAUCCCCUUCUCUCCAACCUCCAUUUCUGUACACUUUCCAGAAAGGGCAUUACUCGUUUGUCAUAGACGUGGAAACCAAGAGACGCUCAAAACUCAGAAGCAUUGUCUACAUUUCCAUUUCCUUGGUUCGUUUUGCAGAGUGGAAACUGGUGCUUCUUAGAUCUGGUAGGACCUGUUUGAGUCCGUAAGGAAAAUCAAGCUCACGACAAAACAUA